CUCACUCACUUGGCUGAUCCGGAUGCUCUCAGCAGCAUCAUCCCAAACACAAGAGCCGCAAUCCAAAUCAACGCGACGACGAAAACUCCCGUCCCGACCUCCAGCACGGCCCACGCGUGAUUGCCGUAUUUCCCACGGACACUGGAAGGCAUCAGCGGGCCGGCGCUGGGAAAACGGGGGGUGAGAGCGGAGAUGGAGGUGGGAGGGGCCUGGCGCGGGUGACGUCAGCGGCUGUGUGGAGGAGUAUAGGCUGUGCUGUCAGCCCAGUGUCAGUCUGAUGAAGAUUGGCAUGCAGGUUUUGUGUGGAGAGUUGGAUACCGGCCAACGGCACAGACAACAACACUGAGGGCUGCUGCGCUGCUGUGGGCAAACUAACUUCUCAAUGUGAAGCUAUCCCAUGAUGCAACAUGCGUCCCCAGCACCUGCAGUGACAAUGAUGGCCACCCAGAGUGUUCCUCCACCAUCGUACCAGGAGAGCCAACAGAUGACGGGCACCACUCAGCAGAACGCCAAGACCCCACAGGUCCAUAUCCCAGCAGCCACUGCAGCAGGAAAUACCUCCGUCAGUGCGACCCUUGACCCACAGGCCCAGCUUGAGUCGGACAAGAGGGCUGUUUACAGUCAUUUUCAAAGACAUCCACUGUUCCCCCUGCUGGCGUUGUUGUUUGAGAAAUGUGAGCAGGCCACACAGGGAUCUGAAUGCAUCACGUCUGCCAGCUUUGAUGUGGACAUAGAAAACUUUGUGCACCAGCAGGAGCGAGAACACAAGCCCUUUUUCAGCGAAGAUCCAGAGCUCGACAACUUGAUGGUAAAGGCCAUUCAGGUGUUGAGGAUCCACCUCUUGGAACUAGAGAAGGUCAAUGAGCUCUGUAAGGAUUUCUGCAACCGUUACAUCACCUGCCUGAAGACCAAGAUGCACAGCGACAACCUCCUCCGUAAUGACUUGGGUGGACCCUAUUCUCCGACACACACCAGUCUCAGCAUGCAGCAGGAACUAAUUCAGACCUCCUCUCCAUCCAUGACCUCUGUCUCCAGCUCUGUUAACCCUUCAGGGAUUGUGGUGCCCGCCGGGGGUCUGCAACAAGGCAAUGUCGCCAUGACUACCAUAAACUCUCAACUGGUUUCCGGUGGGACCCUGUACCAGCCGGUUGCCAUGGUGACAUCACAAGGGCAACUGUUAACGCAGGCACUGCCACCAGGAACCAUCCAGAUCCAGAACUCACAGUUAAACGUGGACCUAUCGUCCCUGUUGGACAGCGAAGACAAGAAGUCCAAGAAUAAGAGGGGGGUCCUGCCCAAACACGCCACCAAUAUCAUGAGGUCCUGGCUCUUUCAGCAUCUCAUGCACCCAUACCCGACAGAAGAUGAGAAAAGGCAGAUUGCUGCACAAACAAAUCUAACCCUUCUGCAAGUGAACAACUGGUUUAUCAACGCUCGCCGUCGCAUCCUCCAGCCCAUGCUGGACGCCAGUAACCCAGACCCUUCUCCUAAAGCGAAGAAGAUGAAGUCCCAGCACCGUCCCACUCAGCGCUUCUGGCCUGACUCCAUUGUGGCUGGAGUUCUGCAGACGCACAGAUCUCAAUCAGGAAACAACUCAGACAACCCGCUGAGUCUGGACAGCCUCCAGUCCCUGUCCUCAGACUCAGCCACCCUGGCCAUGCAGCAAGCCAUGCUUGGAGCUGACGACUCCAUGGACGGCACCGAAGAGGAUGAAGAGGAGGAGGAGGAAGAGGAGGAGGAGGAGGAGGAAGGAAUGGAGGAGGAAGAAGAGGAGGAGGAUGGGGAGGAAGAAAACGAUAGGGGGAGGCCAAUGUCCGGCGGAGGACGGGCGAGGAGAGAUCUGAGCAUGGAGCACAGAGAGGAACUGGAUCAGGUUGUUGCUGUAUACCAUGGUUCGCUUCAAGUUUUCAAAAUGUCCAUCGCCCAGGCGGCGGCCAAGGCCAUGCUAUCUGAUGCCCUGCUCCAGCACGGCUCUGAGAUAAACCGGAUCAGCCACCUGGAGCUGGAGCUUCCUCUGGACAAGGUCAUUAAAUUUGUGUCUGUCGGCCUUCCACUGAUGCUGGUGUGCAUGGCGUUCGCCCGCGAGAUCUCCCUGGGGCCCCAGAUCAGCUGUUUCCCUCCCAGCAAUUUCACCAUCAAGCAGGCCAGCUACGUCGACACGUACUGCUGGGACUCUCUCAUGCAUCAUGAGUUUGACAGUGAAGGGAACUUCGAGGAGCGCUCUCUCUGGGUUCACAAAAUGUUCCCUUACUCCCUUAUGGCCAUGGCGGUGCUGAUGUACCUGCCAGCCCUGAUCUGGCGCCAGCUCGUCAUGCCCACACUGAGCUCAGACCUGCUCUUCAUAAUUGACGAACUAGACAAGUCAUACAACCGUUCGAUCCGACUGGCCCAGAGCAUUCUAGAUAUGCGGCAGAACACCAAGAACCCCCUCACAUUUCAGGCUGAGCUGAAGAGGGCCAAGAAGAAGCGAUACUUUGAGUACCCUCUACUGGAGAGAUACAUGCAGUGCAAGCAAAACUCCUACUUCCUCGUUAGCAUGCUCUUCUUGCGGGGCUUCCUCCUCCUGACCUUCAUGACUGCUGCCUGUCUCUACUUGGCCUACUUCCACCUCUCCGCCUUCCUGCAGGACGAGUUCAGCUGCUUUGUCCGCACAGGCAUGCUGCGUGACCAGAACUGGGUUCCGGAGCUGGUUCAGUGUAAAAUGAUUGGCCAGCUGGUCUUUCAGGUGAUAAGUGUGGCCAAUGGCGCAAUUUACGUCCUGUUGGCUCCCAUUGUUCUUUUCAGCUUGAUCCGGCUCUUUGUUUGGGACACCACCUUCAUGUCCGUCUAUGAGGUGCUCCCAGCUCUGGAUCUCAACCGCCGCCGGCUUGGCUGCCCACUGAAUGACCUCAAUGUCCUUAUGCUGUUCCUGCGUGCCAACGUAACACACUUGAAGUCAUACGGAAAAGUGAGGGCAUUGUGUUCACUGGCGCCGCCACAGGUGGGCAACACCACCGCAGGGCAAGGCUUAAAUGCGAUGUUAACCCAAGAAGAGAUAGAGGAGCGUGAAGAGGCUGCGAUGGAGCUGGCAGAGGAGGUAGAGGAGGCCAAGGAGGAGGGGAAACUCAACUUAGUGGAUAUCAUGACUAUUCUGGGAGCAGCACAAGGACGAGUGGUAAACUGCAGCGAGAAGAGGCCUCUCGUGGAGGAGAAUAUGAGUCUGGGUACCGUAACAUUCAUCUACACACUCAAACGCAUUCUGCUAGUGGCUAUUUUUGUCUUCAUCAUCUGGGAUGUACAGAAAAUUAUUAAGUGACCUCCAGAAUACAGAUACAGGCUUAGAAAGUGAAUAAAAAGUGCUUUGAAUAUAACUGAAUGCAGAAUAAUUUCAUAUCCAUGUGGAUCUGUGGAAACAGUUGGAAAUGUAGGCAGUGAAUCAAAAUACAACUGCUUGGUUAAAUUGUUUAUCCAUAUUGUUUAUAACUGUUUUGCUUUUGUUCUUUCUUUUUCAAAUUAAACUGAAUCACCUAUAUUUCUAAAAGAGUCUUUUAAAACCACUGGCUGACAUAGAAGAGAUAGAUCUGUGGUACUUCCGAGCCCUAACUGCCCUCUCUGUCUCUUCACAGAGCCAAACCACCAGGGGUACCAUGAGUUGAAGGAGACAGCACCAUUUAGUCAUUACUAGGCCUCCUUUGGACUGAAUCAAUGUGAUAACAGUGAGGGGGGGUUGGCAGACAGUAGAUUUUCCAGAGUACUGUACACAAAGACUGCUGACACCAUUCAUGGGUUUUUGCCGUCUGGAGACAAAAAAAAGCCUCUUUUAGAAUUACAGGGCAAAUAGUUCUGGCUGGAAAUGUCAGUGGAUUUGUCAUUUUUAAGCAGCUGCAGAUCUGUAGCUGCCACAGACAUUUCCUUCUGUCUGGAUUUUAAGAAGCCAAGGAAGCAUGCAAGUGAAAGUGACUAUUAUCAUCAUAGUGCAAGAAGACAGGCUGGGCAACCUCAACUAAGACUGACCACACAGUAACUAACUAUAUUUCACCAUGACUUGCGUAUCAUGUGCAUCUGUAAGUAAUGGUGUGCUCUGAAAAUAUACAUAUACAGAAUUUUUUUCUAUCAGCUGUAACAUCCUGCAACUUUUAUUUAAUGAACUCAAGGUAAAAUUAAUGAAUAUUGUAAUU